AUGAUGCGGCGCCGUCGGGACUUCUCAAGAAAGGCCUUCACGUCAGUCCUCGUGGCCAUUGCCUUCGCUGCAAGAGUCGCAGCUGCGCAAGAACUUGCUGUAGUUCGCACCUUCGCGAGCGAGCAAGAGGUCACGGGACUCACAGAAGCCAUCGCGCUUUGGAACGAGUUGUUGCCCUGUUCGGGGCCCACCUGGGUGCCGGUGGAUCUCCUCCUUGUCUACAGCCAGAACUUCGAUCUUACACCGUCAGCGUUGGUGGCGGCGAAAGAAGUUCAGUCGAGUUUUGAAAAUGGCACUGCCUGGGCUCCAUGCUUUCGCAGCGUGUUCAUCGAGUCCGCUAACUUGUCUGCUACUGAGGAUGUUUAUGACAACCGAGGCUACGCGAUACGCAAGGAUUGGGUGAAUGGUCCAAAUAGCGUCUUUCGGUUCAUCCUGGGGAGCUUCUUCAAUGGGACCUUUCCGGCGACCUAUGACUCCUUUUAUUUUAUGGAAAUCGAUGCAGUUCCAGUCCGCCCUUUCUGGCUCGAUCAGUUCAUCGCGGAGGCGACGAUUUAUCCUCGAGCCGCCAUCCGGGGUAGCCGGUACAGAGGUGACUCCUGGGACAGCUUUCAGACGUUCCUUCCCGACGACCUCCUCCUACACAUCAAUGGGAAUGCCAUCUACAAUUUGCGGCAUCCUUGGCUCCGCUGGCUUUAUGAGCAACUGGAGGAGGAGCAGUCCACCGAAUUCAACGCCAUCGCCUUCGAUCUGCGAAUGGCGAACCUUUCACUAGAGGGUCGAGAAG